AGAUGGCUCCCCGUCCAACGCCAUGCCAUGCCGGGCCAUCACCACUUCUUUUGCGCCGAGUGGCGGCGCCUGCGGAAGGUGCUCCCAAUUGAGGAGGAGCUCCUCUACGAGUUUGUGGUCACAGCCCGGUCCUGGGACAAUGUGCCGCUGGACUCAGGCUGCGAUUUUGUCCAGGCGAACAACCUGGUGGGAUGGAUGGUGGAGGUUGAACAGGACCUCUUUGAGCACAUCAACGAUGAGUUUGCCGAGGCUGUCGAAGGAGACGGCCCAAAGAGUGCACGUGGCAGGAGUACCCUUUCCAGGGAGCGGUCAAUGGGCCGAAGGUCGCCCAGGGCCGCAUCGCGCUGUGACCGUCGGUCGCUGUCUCCCGCUCGGCGGUCGACGCCCAGCCGCACGGCAACGCGGUCACCCACCCGGUCCUGCACCGGUCUUGGCUCUGUACAGACCAGCGGGGGCCCUUCCAGGCCGAUGCUUUUCAAAAAUCCGUGGCAUCCCCUCGCGAAGCUUUCGGACAGCUUGGGCCGGGAGGAGUUUGUGACCGAGCUGCGGAAGCGCCUCCGCGCUCCGCGGCUUUUUCGCGAGGCCGAGGACCUCCCAAAUGCUGGAGGUGCUGGCCAGGGCCAGGGCGAUCCGGCGCUCACAGUGGAGGAGUGCGAGGACUUGUUCGAAGCGCUGAUGCAACUGCAGAAAAUUGCAGGUGCCAGCCACCUAAAUCCAGGUGUGCUCGCUUUUGGUUGUAACAUGGACGAGACGGUCAACACCUUCUACGGGAUCCUGGCGCUCCGAAACGCGGUGGAGCGGGGAGCGCCCUCGUUGAACGCCUUCCUGGCGGGGCUGGAGGCAAAGGACUCCAAGCUGGUGGACCCGACACUCCUCCGGCAGUUCCUGACCAUGGUGAACUACAGGCUGGCCGGCGACACGGGCAUCCAAGACUCCAUUCCGGUGGAGUCCAUCGUGAAGGCUCACGGAGAGAUCAGCAUGCAAGAGUUUCGAAGGCGCCUGAGCUUCGCCGCGCCGGUUGGCAUCUCGCUGCUGGAGGUCCAGGGGCACUUGGAGGCCAAGAACGGUCUUGGCCGGUCCAAGCUGCCCGGCAUGAUCGACUUUGCCCAGCUGGCAGAGCACUUCUGCGGGGAGCAUUUGGACAUCUCGCCGCUGGACUUGGCCCACUUCGUCCGGCUCUGGGGAGCGCAUCCAGGGAACCUGCUGUCGCCCCAGACCAUGGACGAGGCCCUGGAGCGGCUACCGCUCGAGGCUUACUGGGGCCUGGAGCCCUUUGCAGUGGAGCACUUCUUCAACAUUUUGGGCAUGCGCUGCCUGCAGCUUGAGCGGAACAAGCGCAAGGAUGCCUGCCUCCCAGUGGAGGCAGUGCUGGAGUUCGCUCGAAGAGACGCUCCAGACUUGGAGAAGGCUGAGGCCGCAGUUCCCUCUGACGCUGCUCUCAAAGAGCGCUUUGAGCAUCUCUGGGGAAAUUGUGUUGGUGAGGGCAUGCUGGUCGCGUUUCCCGAUGGCCACAGUGAGCGCGUGGGCUCGAAGGAGAAGGCGGCGCACGAGCACAAGGCAGAGAGGCGCAAGGAGAAGGAGCGCGUGGGCACUGCCAGAAUGAAGGAGGCCUGCCUUGCUCGAUACCUGCGGUCGGCCACGGAGAUCAUGAACCAGCCUGUCUCGAGGCGCCAGUACGAGUCCAUUUUCCCCAAUGUCAGCGACAUCCUGUCAGUCAGCAAUGUGAACCUCCGCGCUGGCCAGGUGGUCGUUGUGCGGUACCGUCUCGCGGGAGCGUGCAACUUUUGGCACUCCAAGCACCGGGUGCUGAAAGACGAGCGCGAGCCCCUGCCAUGGCCGGUGCCCGGCAAGGUGUUGGGGGAGACGCCUUUCGUGGCGUUGGUGCCGCGGGGGUUGCGCUGGACCAACGCGGGGGGCGGCGGCUUCUACCUGGGCAGCCAGUCCUUUAACCAGGUGGACCCCGGUCUGCGCGCCGACUUGCCGUUGGACCGGGAUGGCAAGCUGCAGCUCUACGGCACCGUGGAGAUGGUCGCGCCGUACCUCCUGCGCGGGUCGCGGCGAAAUGCCUCUUCUGCCACGGAGGAGCUGGAGUUCCGACUUUUCUCCUCAAGAAAGAACCGCAUCAUCGGCUGUGUCGGUGAGCCGCUGCGGGUGCUGGUGAGCCACCAGGCGUUGCCUCCGGCCGUGGCCACCCUGCAAGUCUGUUGCGAGGGACGCACGGCCAAGCUGCGUUGGGCAGGUUAUGAUUUUGGCGAAGAUGCGUCUUCGGAGGCACUCGUGGAUGCACUGCGGCUCUAUGUCCGAACGGGGAGCAAAGAGAGUCUUUUGGAGCUCGAAACGGACGGCAAGCAGUACGAGUUGAGGGAUCUGGCGCCUGACACGGACUAUGAGUUCCACCUGCGCCGGGAGAGCGCCUCGAGUGGGGGAGUCGAGGCGAGCUGCAGCUGCCGCACCAACGCGCGCUGCUCCCAGCCCUUGAAUGUGCUCAGCGCCAAAGCCUCGACCACCUACGUGGACCUGCAGUGGCGCGCGCCAGAGGUGGUGGGCAACGAGCGGACGCAGGACCGGUGGCAGCUGCAGUGCGAGUCCAUCCGGCGCUACGAGGCCCGGCUCUCCGUGGCGGAGAAGCUCAUGGACCGCAGGGCGCUGGCCAGGAGCCGGACCUCUGUCCAGCUCAGAGAGGAGGUCGACACAUCCUGCCGGCAAUGCAGCUGGGAGGUGGGCCACUUCGCCGCGCAGGAGGGCCUGCUGACCGGGCGCUUGGGCGGCCUGCGUCCCGACACCAACUACUUGCUCUCCGGCUUCUGCGCCGUGAACUCCAUGGGGGCUGGCGCCACAGCCAAAGAGCUCCAGUUCUGGACGAUGCCGCUGAACCCUGUGAUCGAAAGCAUCAGAGUUCGGCAAGGCAAUGUCAUUCUAACCUUGCUGGAGACCGGUGGAGAGCAUGUGGAUGAGUUUGAGGCAGUGGUACGGCUGGAAGAUGGUGCCGAGCGGUCCUUCACGUUGCCAAAGUCUGCUUUGCACGGUGAGACGCCGGAGCUGUCGCUGGAGUUCCAGCAGAUGCCGGAGUCGCGCAGCAGCGACGCCGUGCACUGCGUCAAGCUUCGGGCCUGCAACGCCGGGGGCUGGUCCACCUGGAGCGAGGAGCUGAGCACCAGCGCCAUCGCGCGGCAACAAGGGGCUGACUAUGCCCAAAAUGCCUUGGAGCAGGCCAUGGAGCAGCGCGUGCCGGAGAAGCUUGCGCGGGUCUUGCAGGAUGUGCGGGACAUCGAGUUUGAUGACAAGAGCUUGGUCUCAGAGGCUUCCGACCUCUUGAACAUCUUGCAGACGGUGCAGAAGGAGGUGGAGGAAGCCAUGGCGGCCCGCGACCCGGACCGGCUCCAAAACUCCCUGAGCGAUGCGCACAAGGUCUUUCUGCCGGGCCUGGAACAGGCCGAAGGCUUGCUCGGCACCCUGCAGCGCGUCUGCCAGAAUUUGGACACCGCCAAGGGCAUCGAUGCCUUGCGGGCCUCGCUGCGUGAGGGACACGAGGCUCGGCUGCCGCCCACUCUGCUGCAGCGUGCCGUGCAGCGCCUGGGCACGCGGGAGGCAGCCCAGCAAGGCUUGGAGAUGGCCAUGGAGGCGGCGCGCGUGCCGGUGCUGAGGGCAGCCUUGGACACGGCCCUGGACAUGCACCUCCCCUCCGAGGAAGCAGCCAGGAGGCUGCUUCUGGCCAUCAGCGGGUCUGAGCGGCUGCUGCAGGCGGCCUUGGAGUCUGAGGACAUCGGAGACCUGCAUCGGGCUCUGGACUCGGCCGCGCGCAGCGGGCUGCGGGAGGAGGAGCUGAUGGCCCGCGCCCAGCGGCUGCUCGCGCGGCAGCUGGAGAAGCAGCAGGACGCCACCCGCGCCCUCACCGAUGCCAUCGAGGCGCGCUUCCCGUCGCAGCUCAAGGACGCCCUUGAUAUCUCUGCGGCGUCGCAAGUUGAACAGGCCAAGAUGCAAGAGGGCGCGGACUUGCUUCUGCAGCUGGAGUCGUUGCUGGCUGACGUGGAGGCCGCCGUGGGCUCUGAGCAGCGCAGCGCGUCCCUUCGUGCCGCCGUCAAUGCCAAGGUUCCCCACGAACUUCUGGCCAUUGCGGAGAAGCAGUUGCACUGCCUGACCCACCUGCACCAGGUCUGCGAGGCGGGGGACGUGCCCGCCACGCGCCGGGCCCUGAAGUUGGCGGAGGUGGCUGGGGUCAAAGACCAGGAGGUGGCGGAACUGCGGCAAGUGCACCAGCGCUGGUCGCACCUCACCCAGGAGCUGGAGAUCGCGGUGUCCAUGGCCAACACUGCUCGGCUUCGGCAAGCGCUGGCCAACACGGAGAACAGCAACAUUUGCCAGGAGCAGCUGCAGCCGGCAGCGGCGGCGCUGGCGGCGCUGCAGCGCUCGGACCAGGCGGCCGUGGACCUGGCUGAGGCGCUGGACACCUGCGACGCCGAGAUCAUCCAAAAGUCCCUGCAGGACGCCUGCAACAACAACGUGGUGGACAGCGAUCUGCUCUUCACCGCCCGGCAGAUCUUGGACAACCUGCUGCGGCUGAGGCAGCAGCUGGCCAAGGCAGUAGAGUCGAUGGACCUCCAGCGCCUGUUCGCGGCCGUGCAGGAGGCCCAGAAGGACGAUGGGCUGCCUGAGAAGGACCUGGCGUCGGCGUGUCACAUCCUGGAGGAGCUGAAGGAGGGCGAGCUGGGGCGCCUGGAGCGGCACCUGAGGCAGGCCGCGGAGGCCGAGGACUUCCGGGCGCUCCAGGGGCUGCUGCACCGCGCCCGGAACGCCGCCGCGCUGGGCGUCCAGGUGGAGCAGCUGGACUUGGAGAACUACCGGCAGCUGGCGCACCAACAGCAGGAAGCCAACAUCCGCAAGCUUCAGGAGGACAUCCAUAAGCAGCGGAUUCGCAAUGACUGGCCUGCCGUGUAUGACAAGAUUGAGGAGGGCGAGGAGGCGGAGGAACUCGAGGUCGAGGUGGUGCAGCUCCCGGCCGUGGUGGUGUCGGGUGAAGUGCAGCUGGACCUGUACCCACGGGGCAUCCAGAAGGAGUUCAUCACCUUGCCCCGGGAAAUCGUCGAGGCGAAGAUUCGGAUACCCUUGCCAGACUUGUCCCCCGACAAGGAGCCUGUCAUGGAGGCGCGGCAGAGCCUGGACGCGCUGCUGGAGAGCCUUCGGGCCAUGCUGGCGGAGGAGGACGAGCUGCGCCGCAUCGGCUCCAUGGAGAUCCAGGACGACGGCGCCUACCGUGAUGUCACGCUGCCCAUCUCCCUCUACCUGAGCGCACGCACCAGCUGCCAGGAGGUCAUUGAGGCGUUCUUCAGGGACCCGGAGGAUGAGCCCGGCCGCGAGAAUUCAAAGGGCUAUCGCCGGUCCAAGUCCAUGUCCAAGCGCCACGCGAUCAAGGCCCUGUGGAGCUGUUUGAGCGAACUGGGCCACAGUCGAUCACCUGAGCUGAGAAGCCAUUGCCUUCAUGAUGUCCGCGGCCGCGUGUUGCGGCGAAUCACGGCGGAGCUGUUUUGGACACAGCCCGCCAGUUACAGGGAGACGAUGGACGCCACCUGCGUCGCGAUGAGCGCCGAUGGCCUCGUGGAGGUGGUGAAUGCCCGAGGCGUGCACGGUGCCUACUACGGCGUGGACCAGGGCGCCUUCCGGGUGCAGUCGAAGGGUGUGGACGCCCUCUUCGGUGCGGUGUCCCAUUUGGGCACCGCAAGGGCGGAGGCUGGCUCAGACCUCCAGUCUUCGCUGGAGGGGAAGAUGGUCUGCAAGCAGCAGAUGCAGGUCCGAUUGGAUCUCUUGCCGGAGCGUGUGACUGACAUUUUCUUCCUCUUGGCCGCCACAAACUCUCGUGAGCUGGGCAAGUUCACGCACCUGGGCUUUCGAAUUGCGGACACGGACAUCGGCACCACUCUGGCAAUGCAAGAGGACCAUAGGGUCCAGCUCACGUUUGAGGCUGUGGUCAUCAUGUGCGCCAUCUACAAAUUGGGUGAUGGCUACUGGCGCAUCGGCUCCAUGAACGUCUCCAGCAGCGGCUCGCCGCGCGACCUCAAGGCCGCCAUCGCCAAGCUAGAGGCGCUUGGCUUCCCGCGCAAGCACGAGACGUCAUCCCAGGAGAACAUGGUGGUGGAUUCUGUGAGGCGGUACUUGGAGCUUCCGCGAUCAGCUGUCAAAGCGGCCAACGUGGACAUCGACAGUGCAAGUACCAUGACCGUCCAGUAUGCCAUCGAGGCUUCUGAUACCGCGAAAGGUGAGCAGCUGGAGGAAAAGCUGAAAGGCAACCUACAUGAAGCCAUCCUCGAUGAGUUUUUCAAGUUCACCAACGAGAAGGUGAAACCGGAGAGGCUCAGGGUCAUGCCGGCAGCCGCCAAGCCGCUGGGCCACUUGCACCUGGAGGUGAGAUGGGAGUUCGGCGAAGUCAAGCGCACGGACAGCAAGGAUCACAGUUACCUGGAUGGUGCUUUGAUCACAUUUUCCGGGCGGUGUUUGCAGGAGAUCGUAGACUACCGCGGGCCCCAUGGUGUGCGGAUCGUGCACAACGGAGUGGUCGACUACGAUGGCAUGUGGAUUGGCCCAGUGGGCAAGAGUGAUGCAGCCAACAGAGCCAUCAAGCAUGAAGGUUUGGUUCUGGAUGAGCUCCCCAGGACUGGCAAGACCUCUUUCGAGGUGCGACUGGACCAGUUGCCACCCUCCACCACAGACAUUUACGUGGUCGUGUCCUCGCCAUCAGGGAGAGAGCUCAGCAAGUACAGCAACAUCGCCGUUGCUGCUGUGGAUGCUUGGAAGAGCCACCAGGAAGCGGCGCAGGUGUGCAACUGUUUGCUCAAGUCCAAGCCUGCGUCCCAGGGCGUGAUCUUCUGCCGCCUCUCCCGAAGUGCGAGUGGCUGGAAGAUGGGCGCUCUGAGGACACCGACCAGUGGGGGGUGCCAUGACUUUGCCCCGGCCCUCGAGUGUCUCCGAAAGAUCCAGGGCGCGGGGACGUCGCAGGCGCACCAGAUCUCCAUCGGCGACAACGGCUCCCGGUCGGAGAGGAGGCUGCUCCCAAUGAAGCAACUGCGUUCCAAGGGAGAGAAGCUCCAGCGACAGAUGUCCUCUGGCUCCAUCUCAAGCCUUCUUACCUGGUCGCCGGCCAGAAACCCCAACUCGCGGAGGUUGGGAGCUGCAGAGAUGGAUUGAUCCAUUAUGGCACAAACAAAAUCCAUUUAACUAUUUAUAGAUGGAUUCAAUUCCAUUUAUACAUACUUAGUGGAC